AUGGGUGUGGGAGGAAAGUUCUGGGAUUUGCUCAGACCUUAUGCUCAACAACAAGGGUUUGAUUAUCUCAGAGAUAAACGUGUCGCUGUCGAUCUUUCCUUCUGGAUCGUUCAGCAUGAGACUGCCAUUAAGGGUUUUGCCCUUAAACCUCAUCUCAGGCUCACUUUCUUCCGCACAAUCAAUCUCUUCUCAAAGUUUGGAGCGUACCCAGUUUUUGUGGUUGAUGGUACACCAUCACCGUUAAAAUCUCAGGCGAGAAUCUCCAGGUUUUUCCGAUCUUCUGGAAUUGAUACUUCGAGUCUACCUACGAUCAAAGAAGGCGUCUCGGUUGAGAGAAAUAAGCAGUUUUGUGAAUGGGUUAGGGAAUGUGUGGAGCUACUCGAAUUGCUCGGUAUCCCGGUUUUGAAAGCAAAAGGUGAGGCUGAAGCGCUCUGUGCACAGUUAAACAGUGAAGGUUAUGUGGAUGCUUGCAUUACUCCUGAUAGUGAUGCUUUCCUCUUUGGUGCUAAGUGUGUUAUCAAAGGCAUCAAGCCUAAUUCAAGAGAGCCAUUUGAGUGCUACUAUAUGUCAGAUAUUGAAGCUGGCCUCGGUCUGAAGCGGAAACACUUGAUAGCCAUGUCUCUAUUGGUUGGAAAUGACUUUGAUUCAGGUGGUGUUCUUGGGAUUGGUGUGGAAAAAGCACUUCACAUUGUCCGUGUUUUCUCUGAAGACGAGAUUCUCGAAAGACUACAGGACAUCGGAAAAGGGUUAAAACCAGCAGUUAAUGGUGGAAUCAAAUCAGUUGAUGAUGGAGAAGAAUCCUGCUCCGAGAUGAAAAGGCGAAGUCCUCACUGUUCUCGUUGUGGACACCCGGGUAGCAAGAGAACUCAUUUUAAGUCCUCUUGUGAGCAUUGCAGUUGUGAUAGUGGUUGCAUUACAAAACCAGUAGAGUUUAGAUGUGAAUGCUCCUUUUGCUACAAGGAUCGAGAAUUGAAGGAACAGAAGAAAACUGAGAAUUGGUGGAUCAAAGUCUGCGAUAAGAUUGCUCUAGGGCCAGAAUUUCCCAACAGAAAGAUUAUUGAACUGUAUCUAUCUGAUAGUUUCACAGCAGAAGAUGGCUCUUCAAUGUCUUGGGGAACUCCUGAUACUGAAAUGCUAGUGGAUUUCCUGGUUUACAAUCUGCAUUGGGACCCAUCUUAUGUUCGAAAAAUGUUGCUUCCGAUGUUGUCGACCAUUUACUUAAGAGAAAGGCCAAUAAACAACACGGAAAAGCCAUUGUUAUAUGACCAAUACGAAUUCCAUUCAAUCAAGUGCAUAAAAACUAGAUAUGGGCAUCAGUACUUUGUGAUAAGAUGGAGAAAACCCAUACCUACUAGUGGUUUGAGUCACGGCGAGCCGGAAGAAUCAAUUGUUGUAUGGGAAGAAGAAGAAGAGUCUGUUGAUCCAUUAGAUGGGUUAAAUGAACCACAAGUUCAUAAUGAUAACGGUGACUGCUUCUUGCUAACAGAUGAAUGCAUAGGACUUGUUCAGUCUGCUUUCCCUGCUGAGACAGAGCAUUUCCUGCAAGAGAAGAAAAUGCGAGAGUCGAAAAAGAAGACUGUUUCUGAAGAAGCAGCAUCACCACCAAGAUCAACAACACCGGGCGUACAAAGAAGUAUAAAAGAUUUCUACCGCUCAACGAAAGCAGCAUCAGCUCAAAGUACAGAUCCAGGAGUGAGCUCAAGAGCUUCUUCUUCUACUGAAAAGAAGAGACAAGCAACUUCUUCUAGUAGUAGUAUCUUUUCAAAGUCUGUCUUAUCGGGAACUAUGAGUCUGGUAAUAACAUCAACCAUCAACUGCAAAUCUUUCUCGCCGACUCGACCGUUUCCGUCAUGGAUAAACGGAGACAAUUCCCCGUCGCAAGGAGAAAUCUCCGCCGAUUUCUCACGACGGAGCUCAGCUAUCUUCCUGACGAGAGUGUCAUGCGCGAAGAACCCAGAUGAUUACCACUCAACCCUCAAAUCCCUCAAUUCUCGUGGCCGUUUUCCCAGAAAAUCCCUUGGCCAGCAUUACAUGUUGAAUUCGGAUAUCAAUGAUCAACUAGCGUCUGUGGCUGAUGUGAAAGAAGGAGAUUUUGUGUUAGAGAUUGGUCCUGGGACUGGUUCUUUGACCAAUGUUCUUAUCAAUUUAGGUGCUACAGUUCUUGCCAUCGAGAAGGAUCCUCAUAUGGUGGAUUUGGUGAGAGAAAGAUUCGCAGGUUGUGACAAGUUCAAGGUUUUGCAAGAGGAUUUUGUCAAGUGUCACAUCCGUUCUCACAUGCACUCCAUUUUCGAGAAUAGAGUAGAUCAAGAUUUUGCUCUUGCAAAGGUUGUUUCCAACUUGCCUUUCAAUAUAAGUACUGAUGUUGUCAAACUUCUACUUCCUAUGGGUGACAUCUUCUCACAAGUUGUUCUCUUACUCCAGGAUGAGGCAGCUUUGCGAUUGGUUGAGCCAGCAUUGCGAACAUCUGAAUACCGACCCAUCAACAUUUUGGUCAACUUCUAUUCAGAACCGGAAUACAAUUUCAGAGUUCCUAGGGAAAACUUCUUCCCUCAGCCCAAGGUUGACGCUGCUGUCGUAACAUUUAAACUGAAGCAUCCAAGAGACUAUCCGGAUGUUUCCUCCGCCAAAAGUUUUUUCGCUUUGGUGAAUUCUGCAUUCAAUGGGAAGCGGAAAAUGUUGAGAAAGUCCCUCCAGCACAUAUCAUCAUCUCCUGAGAUCGAAAAAGCUCUUGGAGUUGCAGGUCUUCCAGUCACUUCAAGGCCUGAAGAGCUUACCUUGGGUGAUUUUGUCAAGUUGCAUAAUGUAAUCGCCAGAGAAUAG